AUGUAAUUAACAACACCGAUAAGGUUAGCUGAAUCGCAUUAUAUUGCAGGACCGAAUGUUUCAAAUUAUCCUUAGGUGACUUAAUCAAUGAAGAGUCCCAAUAUUAGUGCUGCUUCUGGGAACAAUUCAUCAUAGAAAGCUAGAUCAGAUUCAAAAUAAUAUAAUUAAAUGGUUCAAUCUUCUACUAAUUAAAUUAUAGAAUUUGAUUCAAUUGAACCAAUUUAAAUAUAAUGCGAUAAUUGUCAUACUUUUAGCAGUUCAAUUGUGCAUGUGGAAUACACUAUUUAUACAUAUGUUUCUGCUUUAUUAUUAAUGUUAAUAUGUCUUUGUUGGAUUCCCUUGGUGCUGAAGAAAUACUUUAUGAAAAUAAGCCAUAGUUGUCCAGGUUGUGAUCGUCUGAUUGGAGAAUAUGAUUAUUUGGGUACAAAAUUCAAUAACUGA